GGCCGCGUCUGCCGAGAAGGACGCUGCGGUCUGGGCGCUGCCGGAGCCGCCUUCGGUCGCCACCAUGAUGAGACGUACCAGGGUGGAAAUCGACCGCUAUGUUUCCUCCUUGCAGGCCUCGUCCCCUUCGCCGAAGGAGAAAUCCAUGAAAGGAUUCUUUUUUGCUAAGCUGUAUUAUGAAGCAAAGGAAUAUGAACUUGCUAAAAGGUAUAUAUCUAUAUAUCUCAGUGUCCAAGAAAGAGAUCCAAAAGCACACAAAUUCUUGGGACAGCUGUACGAAGCGGAAAAUAAUAUUGAAAAAGCAGUAGGCUGUUAUAAACGUUCAGUAGAAUUGAAUCCAACACAGAAAGAUCUUGUAUUGAAGAUUGCAGAACUGCUAUGUAGUACUGACAUUAUUGAUGGAAGAGCAAAAUACUGGGUUGAGAGAGCAGCCAAACUUUUUCCUGGAAGUCCUUCAAUUUUCCGGUUGAAGGAAAGCCUCCUGGAUCGUACAAGUGAAAAUGGAUGGAAUCAACUUUUUGACUUGAUUCAAACAGAAUUAUACACUAGACCAGAUGAUGUAUAUGUUAAUAUCAGAUUAGUAAAAUUAUAUCGGUCAAAUAACAGGCUUGGAGAUGCUGUGGCACAUUGCCAGGAAGCAGAGAAGAAAAUAUCCUUACAGUCAAAUUUGGAAUGGUGUUCCUGUGUUGUUCAAACAUUUAAGGAAUAUCUGGAAUCUGUAGAAGACUCUGAAUCAGAUAAAACUAGUUGGAGAAAGAUUCAAAGGGAUCUUUUACUGGCAUACUGUAAUCUGGUGGUAAUGAAACUUUCUGCUAGAAAUGUAAAAGAAAGUAGAGAAUCACUUGAAAGCUUUGAUCAUACACUUCAUUUGGUAAAAUCACAUGCAGAUGGAAGUGAUGAACUUUCUGUCACUUUCCUGGAGAUGAGAGGACAUUUCUAUAUGCAUGCUGGAACUCUGCUGCUGAAAAUGGCCCAGGAAAGUGAGAUGCAAUGGAGAGCUGUUUCUGAACUGGCAGCUUUGUGUUAUCUUCAUGCUUUUCAGGUUCCAAGACCAAAGUCAAAACUAAUAAAAGGAGAUCAUGCUGAACAAGAAAAGUUGGAAAUGUUAGCCUGUGACCGACAAAGCCAAUCUGGCUAUAUGCUAUUAAACCUAAGCUAUGGCAAACAGGACUUUUUAACAGAGGUCGUUGAGUCAUUUGCAAAUGAGAGUGGACACUCGGCUUUAUUUUAUGCUCUCUUUGGGGAUGCUUUCUCUAAAGAGAACUCAUUUCUUGGCACAGACGAUAUCAAAAAUGUUGGUGCACAGACUCCGGAAUGCAUAGAACUAGCUAGAUAUGAUAUUGGUGCCAUUAGAGCACAUGAUGGUAGUCUCCAGCACAUCACGUGGCUUGGUCUGCAAUGGAAUUCUGCACCAGCUGUGCCAGCCAUUCGUAAAUGGCUAAAGCAGCUUUUCCAUUUGCCCCAGGAGACAUCAAGACUUGAAACCAAUGCUCCUGAGUCCAUCUGUAUGCUGGAUCUUGAAGUAUUUUUACUUGGGGUGAUUUUUACCAGUCACUUGCAAUUACAAGAGAAGUUUAAUACUAAGUACACUGAAUAUCAGCCUCGAUUCCUGCCACUGCCAAUAUGCAAGCAACUUUGUACUGAAAGACAAAGAGCCUGGUGGGAUGCGGUUUAUACACUCAUUCAUAAGCAAGCGGUACCUGGAACAGCAGCAAAAGUAAGACUUCUGGUUCAACAUGAACUGAACAUCCUCAGGGCCUUAGGAAAACAUGGUCUUCAACCAUCUCUUAUAGUGCACUGGGCAAAAAGUCUCCUUAAAACAGGCUGCAGUCUCAAUUCUUUCUAUGAUCAGAGAGAAUACAUUGGACGAAGUGUUUAUUAUUGGAAGAAAGUUUUGCCAAUGCUUGAGACAAUAAAGAAAAAGAGGAGUAUUUCUGAACCUAUUGACCCAUUGUUCAAACACUUUCAUAGUGAAGAUAUUCAGGUUUCUCAGGUUGAAGAAUAUCAAGAAGAAGCACGUAUAGCAUUUGCUAUUUUGGAUGCUGUUGAUGGAAAAACAGAUGAUGCUAUGCAUGCAUUUGAAGCUAUUAAAAAUGUUGUUGCAUAUUGGAAUCUUGCUUUGAUUUUCCAGAGGAAAGCUGAAGAGAUCGAAAAUGAUGGUCUGUCACCAGAAGAACAAGAAGAAGGCAGGAAAUAUUUGAAAAAAAGCAGGGAUUAUCUCCUAAAGAUAAUUGAUGAGAGCUGCAUGGAUUCAUCUGUCAUUGAAAAGUUACCUGUAUCCAUCAGGACAGUUAAGGAGAUGCUGGAAGGCAUAAUGCAGGAUCUUGGAGAUAGUGGAGAAGAAAGGAGUCUUGUGAAUAAUUUGGGCCACCCUGUGGAAUCAGAAGUGAAACAUUCUACACCAUCGCCCACAUCAUUUUCGCUGUCUCCAAGUAAAAGUUACAAGUUCUCUCCCAAAACUCCCCCUCGCUGGGCCGAGGAUCAGAAAUCUCUGCUGCAGAUGAUCUGUCAGCAAGUAGAGUCCAUUAAGCAUGAAAUGCAAGAAAUGAAACUUAACAACUCUAACACAAAUUUAUCCAAUCGAUGGCCAGCUGAAAGCUAUGCAACAGAGACAAUGCCAGAUGGGUACCAGGGAGCACAAAACUUUCAUGGAGCACCAUUAACUGUUGCCACUACAGGACCAUCAGUCUACUACAACCCAUCACCAGCAUAUAAUUCUCAGUAUCUUCUGCGAACAGCAGCAACCAAUGUGACUCCCACAAAGGCUCCUGUCUAUGCCAUGAAUAGACUUACGCCCCAGCAACACAUAUAUACAUAUCAACAGCCCGUGCAUACUCCUCCACUACAGAAUACAUCUGCUUGUAUGUUUUCACAAGAAAUGUAUGGUGCACCGCUGCGUUUUGAUUCUUCUGCAACUGGAAUUUUGUCUCCACGUGGCAGUGAAGACUACUACAAUUAUAGUGUGCCACCAACAAGCACAAAUCCACCCCUCCCUGAGCCAGGCUACUUUACAAAACCUUCCACAGCACCUCCUGUUUCCAGAUCUGCAGAAACAAAGGGGAUAGAAUUUGGGAAGGCAAACUUUGGACAGCCUCCUGUAUCAGCAGAUGGAGCAAAACCUUCAUUAAUAACUUCUACCCAUCCAACCACUUUUAAGUUUAAUUCUAAUUUCAAAUCUAAUGAUGGUGAUUUCACUUUUUCAUCACCUCAAGCUGUAGCACAGCCCCAUAAUGCAAACUAUAACAACAGUGACAGUCUAUUGGGUCUUUUGACAUCAGAUAAACCUAUCAAAGAGGAUCAAUACUCAGGACAGAAACCACUCGCUGAAUAUGUCACAGGACAGCGCAACAUAUUCAGUUUUGGUGGUAAAAAUUCUGCUAUUUCUUUAACAGAUAAAAUGGGACAAAUUCAAUCCAAGGCCUCUGGAUUUGGCAAGGAUGAUAUGUACAGUUAUCAAGAAUCUGCCAAGCCUGGAUUUGGGACGCCAAACUUACAUGGCGCAAACAGAAGUCAUGAAACAGAUGGUGGCAAUGUCCACGGUGGUGGUGAUGAAGAAGAUGAUGGUCCUCAUUUUGAACCUGUUGUCCCUCUGCCUGACAAGGUUGAAGUAAAAACAGGUGAAGAAGAUGAAGAAGAGAUCUUCUGUAAUAGAGCAAAACUCUUCCGUUUUGACAGUGAAUCCCGAGAAUGGAAAGAAAGAGGUGUUGGUAAUGUGAAAAUUCUGAGGCAUAAAAUAACAGGCAAAAUUCGACUACUUAUGAGACGAGAACAAGUGCUAAAAAUUUGUGCCAAUCAUUAUAUAAAUCCUGAUAUGACUUUGAAACCAAAUGCUGGGUCAGACAAAUCUUUUGUAUGGCAUGCUUUGGACUAUGCAGAUGAAUUGCCAAAACCUGAGCAACUUGCCAUUAGAUUUAAAACUCUGGAAGAAGCCAUCUUUUUCAAGCAUAAAUUUCAGGAAGCACAAAAUAGUUUGAAAGGUGCUGGAUCAGACAUUAGUCAGCAAGUGGCUCCGAACAUGAGCUCAUCAAGAGAAACUGCUACACAGGCUAGGAAAGAGCCUGGUAAAGCUGAAGCUGGAUUCUUGAAUUCUGGAUUUCACUUCAAGAGCGGGGGGACCCCCUUCAGUAGUAGCUCUCAGGUUCCUAGUCCUGACAUUAAUAGCACAGCAAAAAAUGCCAAUGCCAGCAGCACUUUCUCAGUUACACCAAGUGGAACUAUGCCAGCAUCUUUUUCAUUUGGGAAAGAUGUUUCUGGAACACACACAACAUAUGGCUUUGGAGAGCAGUUCAUGUUAAAGAAAGACCAGUGGGAAUGUAGCACGUGUUUAGUUAAGAAUAAAAUAACCUCACAAACUUGUGUAGCAUGCCAGUCUCCAAAUCCAUCUAAUUGGGAAGCCCAGGCUGUACUUCCAGAAGAAUCGUCUGCAGCUUUAAAGCCUGGCAGUGAGAGAGCACAGAAUACAUUUGGGCCCCUUUCUACUGAAGUGAAGAACCAGUGGGAAUGCAAGAAUUGUUCUCACAAAAAUGAAGCAAGUGUUUCUCGUUGUAGUAGAUGCAAGAAUCCCAGUGGAAUCAGCACUCCAACGUUUGGUUCUCAAACCGCAUUCAAAUUUCGGCAAACAGAUACUUCAAAAGAUAUUUCAAAAGUUCCACAGAGUGGCUUUGGGCCUGCAUUUAUGAAGAAGGAAGGACAGUGGGACUGUAGUGUAUGUUUAGUACGAAAUGAAGGCUCUUUGCUAAGUUGUGCAGCUUGUCAGACUCCAAAUCCCACUUGUGAUGCUUCCUCUCUGUCUGCUAAUGGCUCACCAGGUGCUUCUGGCUUCAAGAGCAAGUUAUCUGAAUCUGCUGGCAAACCACAAGAGACAGGUUUUAAAUGUGAAAUAUUAGACAAGGCUUUUAAAUUUGGCUUUGUCACAGAGCAAGAAAACUCUCCCUUUCCAAUCCAGAGUCCUGCUUCUACUGAGCCAAAGGCUAUAAAGGGUGGAUUUAAUUUUUCAAUGCCUGUCCCCCCAGGAGAAUUUAAAUUUGGUAUUCAGGACUCUAGUAAAGAGGUUGCAAAUGCCGAACAAAAUAAAGAAGUUAAUGUCUUUAAAAGUAUUGAUGAUAAAGAGAAGAUCAGUGAGAAAGAAACUGAAACACAAUUACACGAUGCAUGUAACAAACCAAGCAGCGAUUUGGUUUUUGGUCAUCAGAGCAAUACUUUCACUUUUGCUGAUCUUGCCAAAUCAGGUGAAGGAUUUCAGUUUGGUCAAAAAGAUCCUAAUUUCAAAGGCUUCACAGGUGCAGGUGAAAAACUCUUUUCCUCUCAGAUUUCUAAAAUGUCUCCCAAGCUAAAUACUUCUGAUCUUGAAAAAGAUGACGAUGCAUAUAAAACAGAAGAUGGUGACGAUAUUCAUUUUGAACCUGUUGUUCAGAUGCCUGAAAAAGUGGAACUUGUGACAGGAGAAGAGGAUGAGAAGGUAUUGUAUUCACAAAGAGUGAAACUGUUCAGGUUUGAUCCAGAAAUUAAGCAGUGGAAAGAGCGUGGCGUGGGCAACUUGAAAAUCCUUAAGAAUGAAGUUAAUGGUAAACUCCGGAUGCUCAUGAGGCGUGAACAAGUAUUGAAGGUUUGUGCAAAUCACUGGAUUACAACUACUAUGAAUCUGAAACCUCUCUCUGGCUCAGACAAAGCAUGGAUGUGGCUGGCUAAUGACUUCUCUGAUGGGGAUGCAAAGCUGGAGCAAUUGGCAGCUAAAUUCAAAUCUUCAGAACAGGCUGAGGAAUUCAGACUGAAAUUUGAAGAAUGUCAAAGAUUGUUGCUAGAUAUACCACUUCAAACCCCACACAAACUUGUGGAUACUGGAAAGACAGCUGAGCUGAUACAAAAAGCAGAAGAAAUGAAAAGUGGGUUGAAAGAUCUCAAAACUUUCCUUACAGAUGAUAAAACUAAACUCACAGAUGAAGAGAAAACUUUAGUGUCUUCCUCUAACAGUUCUGAUCUAGUUAUAAAGCCACAUGCUGAGAGUACUGGACCUACAUUAGAGUGGGACAACUAUGACUUGCGUGGCGAAGUUCUGGAUGAUAGUACUGACAGUUCAGUAUAUUCAAUGCCACGGGCAAGUAGCCCUGUGAGGAAAAAUCUAUUUAGAUUUGGAGAGUCUGCCACAGGAUUUAACUUCAGUUUCAAAUCUGCACUAAGUCCUUCAAAAUCUCCUUCCAAACAGAAUCAGAGUAGGGUUUCUGUUGGUACAGAUGAAGAGUCUGAUGUCACCCAAGAAGAUGAAAGAGAUGGUCCAUAUUUUGAACCAGUUGUACCUUUACCUGACCUCGUGGAAGUAACAAGUGGUGAAGAGAAUGAGCAAGUAGUCUUUAGUCACCGAGCUAAACUAUAUAGAUACGAUAAAGAUGCUCACCAAUGGAAAGAGAGGGGCAUUGGGGAUAUAAAGAUCUUACAGAAUUAUGACACUAAGCAGGUUCGUGUAAUUAUGAGAAGGGAUCAGGUGUUAAAGCUUUGUGCAAACCAUAGAAUAACCCCCAAUAUGAACAUCCAGCAUAUGAAAGGUGCAGAGCGAGCCUGGGUGUGGACUGCAUGUGACUUUGCUGAAGGGGAAAGAAAGAUGGAGCUCUUGGCUGUGCGAUUUAAACUUCAGGAUGUUGCGGAUUCAUUUAAGAAAAUUUUUGAGGAAGCAAAACAUGCUCAAGAAAAAGACAUAUUAAUCACACCACUCUCUUCCCGUAUUAACAGCCCCGAGGAAUCUCCCUGUGGAAAGAUUGCUGUUGCAGUAUUGGAAGAAACCACCAGGGAGAGAACUGAUUUAAAGGAGGCUGAAGAAAUAGAUAUUGAAGCUGCAGAGAUUUCAGUAGUUGAGGGCACAGCCGAGAUGCCAACGAAAGCUGUUGUUUCCCCUCCUAAAUUUGUAUUUGGCUCAGAGUCUGUUAAAACUAUAUUUAAUAACAAAAAGUCAAAGCCUUUUACAUUUGGAAACACAUCAGCAACAGGAUCACUCUUUGGUUUCAGUUUUAAUGCCCCUCCCAAGAGCAAAAGUGAUGAUUCAGUGUGUCAGACCAUGAAUCCAAAAAAACCAGAUAGCUCACAGGAUGCUAUAAGUUGCAGACAUGCGGAACAUCAAGAAAAUAGUAAUGCUGCUAAUUGGAAGCCCUCAGAAGGCCAAGGAGAAACCCCAGUGGCUACCUCAAAAGCAGAAGGGGUCUCUAAUUUUUCAUUCAAAAUACUAGAAAAAGUUGAGAUUAAGAAGGAACCAAAUACAAUCCCCUCAGAUGAUGUAUUGAUCGUGUAUGAGUUAACACCAACACCUGAGCAAAGAGCUCUUGCAGAAUCCCUUAAAUUACCCCCAACAUUCUUCUGCUAUAAGAACAAACCUGAGUAUCUGAGUGAAGAUGAUGAUGAUGAAGACUAUGAAACAGCUGUCAGAAGGCUUAAUGGAAAAUUGUAUUUAGAAGAACCUAAAGAAAACUCAGAAAUAAAGAAUACAAGUGCUGUAGAACAUAUUGAUCCAGAGACUAGGAAUGUAGAACACCUUGAUCCAGAGACUAUUGUUGUUUGGGAAAAGAAACCAACUCCUAAGGAAAAAGCUAAAGCAGAAACUCUAAAGCUUCCUCCAACUUUUUUCUGUGGUAUUAACAGCGACACUGAUGAAGACAAUGACAACUUAGAAGACUUUGAGACAGAACUUAGAAAAACUCAAGAAACAAAAGAAUCUCAGGCAGAAGAAAUAACUACUUCAACUGACGAUGUGUGCUCCGGUAAGGAAGAAGGACCAGAUGUAGCCAGCAGUAUUCCUGAAGCAUCAGAUUCUACAACCAACCCUAUGUAUACUACAUGGGAUACAUUAAGAACAGAUGGCAACUCUACUCCUGAAACUACACACACCAUUCAAAAUGUAUUAGCAACAGAUGACAAACCUGUUGAUUUAUCAAAUAAGAAGGAAAGUGAUUCCAGUUCUAAAGCAUCUGUAAAUCAAGAGAAUAAUCCCUUUUCCUUUGCUCUUCAUAACAUACCGAGCUUGUCAUUUGCUGAUCUGGCUUCAAGCAAUUCUGGGGAUUUUGAGUUUGGUUCCAAAGAAAAAAACUUUAAGUGGGCAAAUACAGGAGCAGUUGUAUUUGGAGUACAAGCAGCCACUAAAGGGGAUCAUGAUGAUGAUGGAAAUGAUGAAGAAGUGGUACAUAGUGAUGAUAUUCAUUUUGAACCAAUAGUCUCGCUACCAGAGGUUGAAGUAAAAUCUGGAGAAGAAGAUGAAGACAUUAUCUUCAAAGAAAGGGCAAAACUAUACAGAUGGGACAGGGAAGUCAAUCAGUGGAAAGAACGUGGUGUUGGAGAAAUAAAGAUUCUCUUCCAUACACAAAAGAAAUGUUAUCGAAUUUUAAUGAGAAGGGAUCAAGUUCUCAAAGUCUGUGCAAACCAUAUAAUCACAAAAACAAUAGAUUUAAAACCCUUGAAUUCUUCAAACAAUGCCAUGGUUUGGACUGCAACGGAUUAUGCUGAUGGUGAAGCUAAGGUAGAACAGCUUGCAGUUAGAUUUAAAACCCAAGAAUUGGCUGAUACCUUCAAGACGAGAUUUAAAGAGUGUCAACUGAUUUUGUCGGAACAACAGAAGGGACACAUAUCUUUUGCAGCAAAAUUUUCAAAGGAAUCUAACCCUAUAGUAUAUCUUGAAAUUUCUGUUGAGGAUGAACCUCUGGGGCAUGUAACAAUAGAAUUGUUUUCCAAUGUUGUUCCUCGAACCGCUGAGAACUUCAGGGCAUUGUGCACAGGAGAAAAAGGAUUUGGAUUCCAAAAUUCUAGAUUUCACAGAAUAAUUCCAGAUUUUGUCUGCCAGGGAGGUGACAUCACUAAGCAUGAUGGCACAGGAGGACAGUCCAUUUAUGGAAAUUCAUUUGAAGAUGAAAAUUUUGAAAUAAAACACACUGGUCCUGGCCUAUUGUCAAUGGCAAAUCAAGGCAGAGAUACCAACACUUCUCAAUUUUUUAUUACUCUCAAAAAGGCAGAACAGUUGGACUUUAAACAUGUUGUCUUUGGGUUUGUAAAGGAUGGGAUGGAUAUAGUGAAAAAAAUAGAAUCUUUUGGCUCUCCCAAAGGAAUAGUGUCAAAAAGAAUUGUGAUUACAGAUUGUGGGCAAAUAUAAAAUGAUUCUGCUGACAUAUUCAGAGAUUUAAAAAAUCUUCAGCAGAUUUAGACAAGAUUAUGUUCAGGGUUUUUUGUUUGUUUAAAAAAUGAACAACUUCUGAUGUAUAAAUGUAAAGUUACAGCUCAUAGCUGAGUACUUUUUAAAAUGUGUUGCAAUUGCCUGCAUGUUGUGAAAUAAACGUUCAAACACUA